AUGAGUAAUAUUAAGGUGGCUGUGCGGUGCCGCCCACUCUUCGAGAAUGAACGGCCGGCCGCUGGUUUGGAGUUCCACCAAAGCCGCCGUAUUCUUCUCGACAACAAAACAUAUGAUCCCGAUUUCAUUUUCCCACCAACCGCCACUCAAGAUGAUGUCUUCACGGUCUGUCAGCCCAUCCUGCAGAGUGUAAAGGACGGGCUGAAUGGAACAGUGAUGGUAUAUGGACAGACCGGCACUGGGAAGACUCACACCAUGUUGGGAGCCGCAGGGGAAACAAGUGGAAUUGCACAUCGCAUGAUUGCUCAUAUGCUUGAGCAUGUGCAGCAAAAGACAUUAGAAGGAUCACAGUGUGCGUUAACACUCUCUAUGAUUGAGAUUUAUAACGAACGACUAACAGAUAUGUUAAGUGAAAAUGGUGAUACAGAAGUUACACUUGUUGGUGGGUUUCCAAAAUCUAUGGAGAAGUUAACCUUAUCGCGUCUCAGUGAUGCGAAUGAAGCUAUUCAACGUGGACUCAGCUGGAGACAUACUGCAGUAACGUUAAUGAAUGAACGAAGUAGUCGUUCUCAUGUUGUUUUUAUUCUUGAUCUUGAAGAACAAAAUGAUUAUACAGAGACUGUGGAUGUGGCACAUCUCUUUAUGGUAGAUUUAGCAGGUAGUGAAAGUCUUAAAAAGUCACAGGUAAGUGGAAUGGCGGCGAAUGAAGCUGGAAAGAUUAAUAAAUCUCUUUUAGCUCUUAAGAGUGUCUUUUUAGCACUUGCCAAUUCCAGUGAGUCUACACGUCCAAAUCAUGUGCCUUACCGAGAUUCCAAACUAACAGAAUUAUUGCGGGAUUCGGUUGGUGGAACGGCACGAACACUUAUGAUUGCCUGCAUCUCUGCUGUUGGACGUGAUAUUGAGGAAACCAAAUCCACACUCAUGUAUGCAGUGAAAGCACGGUCUAUUAGGAAUGUUGCGAAUACAGAACGGGAAAAAUUAAUGGUCCGUCUUCGUUCCUUUGAAGUGGAAAAUCAACGAUUACGUAAUCGUUUGCAGGAGCGAGUGGUGGAGCGUGGUGGGUAUUACAUAAGCCGUGAAGAACACGAGAGAUUUCAGCAGUUGGAGGAGGAACAUCAAACCAUCAAGACAGACUUGGAGGAUUUAUUACGUGAACGACAACAAACAGAAGCCCAACAUCACAUCUCUGCCUCUCAGCGUAGUAUUCUACAAGCCAUGGUAGAGGAAAAGGAAGAGGAAUUGCGGGGAUUUAAACAAACUUAUCAUGAAGCCUUGUUGAGAUUCGACUCACAAGUGAUUGUGCUGCAGCGAGUGGUGCAGGAGGCGGUGCGGAGUGCGCAGGAGGCCGUCCAACGCGGUGUAGAGACAACCGCACAUCAAUUAGACGAAUGGCGUACACACACACUGCGGGAAAAGAUAAAAAAAGAAAACACCCAAGAAAAGGAAAAGGGAGUAGAAGAAGAAAAAGAAGAAGAGGUAGUAGAAUUAGAAGAAAAGGAAAAAGAAGAAGAAGAAGAAGAAGGGGCAUUAGUGUUUACAUGUGAAUAUGAGGCGGAAGUGGCACGUCUCGUCUCUCGCAUUAACAACGGCUUUGUAAACAUUAUGCAGCAAAUGCAGACAAUGGCCCAACAACACUGCGCCACUGUUCACACACUGCAGGAACGUCGUCGAUCUUCACUAGACACCAUGCAGCGUCGUCUGCAAGAACAAGUGCAGGAACUGUUAACGGCCUACACAAAUGAACAGAUAUCAAUGGACAGAGAACUCGAAGAGGAACAGAAACUCUUCACAAGUCAAAUAACCGCAGCCACUAUGCAACCACCACCGGCAAAUGCACUUCCCUUUAAACACGUUGUGCGAAAUGUCUGCAGAGCGGCUGUGGAGAGUAGUGAUCAUUCCCUUCCACCACUGGAAGUGGCCAGUGAAGUGAUGGAGUCUUUACAUCAAAUUAAUGAGGCUUUUCGUGUAAAAGCCACCAGUUCUUCACUGGGCGCAUUAUUAAUGAUGGGAAAUAUGCCGCCGCCCAGAGACUCCAACUCAUCGCUGGCAACAAACACAACUACAAACUCCACCGCAACGGCUACCAAUCAUUCUACGGUAACUCCUGCGGCGAAUAGUGCGACGGCCACUCCCGCCGGAUCCCCACCACUUCCACUCUCGAGUAGAGAUAAGAAUUAUUCAACAACAACAACAACAACAACGGGUGCUGGUGGGAGUAAAGUAAAGCGUAUUCGCAGCGGAAGUGCCUUGUCGGACUCGCGACGUGCCUCUGCCCGUUGUGAAAAGUAA